GCGUAUAUCGGUUAAAUUCCAAUAACGCGGUGUAAGCUUUAACCAGUAUAUGACUUCAUCGAGUUUUAUGACCUCACCACCACGCCGCCGCUAAUUACUUACGACGACGGAAUAUCCCCAAGCCGCACUCCUCGGAACAACCCCAAGACAGUAUAAAUAUAAUACUACAUACACUCUUCUCGUGCUUCAAGGAAAGAUAACCCGAUUGCGACACUGGGCAAUGAAACUCCUCGUCAGGUCUGGGGGGGGUUUCCAAGGCAAUUGUCCCGAAAAGCAGGCUGAGAUACAAUCAACGCCCCGAACCAUGCCCUCUGACGGCGUAUCAUGACACACGGCGGACAUCCUCCUCCUUCAUCGCAGACACCGACCCCACGCCGGUUCCUCCUCUCGAAACGCGGCGCCCCUUCUUCCGCCUCCGCCUCCGCCUCCGCCUCCUCCUCGCAGCACCAGCUGCAGCCCCAACACGCGCAGCAGCAAGAGCAAGAGGCCACUGCCGGGCCACGGCAGUUUCAAGUACCCCCCUUGGCCGGUAGCGGCAGUCAGCGAUUUCACUCCACGCCGCGGUUCGCUCCCCCGUCGUCGUCGUCGCCGUCUUCGGCCAACACCCCCCCCGGCCCCCGCUCGACCACGCAUGCGCCUGCGGGGCUGGGGCUGACCUCGUUGGGGUUCGCCUUUUCGGGAACACAACGACGGCAGCGAAAUGAUCCGAUCCGGGAUGAUGGGCCGGAGGAGGAGGAGGAGGCGGGGGGUUCGUCGCCUUUGCGGAAAGCGCGUGAUGCGCCGUCUGUGGCCGUAACUGUAGCGCGGCGGGAUUCGAUUGAAGGCGAUUCGACUUGCGAUUAUACUUCUGGGGAGGACCGAGCUGAGGAGGAGGAGGGUGGGGGGGAGGAAGAAGAAGAGGAAGAGGGAGAAAGAGUGACGAGUGAUGUCGAUGCAGACUCGGAGGGACCGACGCCCAAGAGGAGGAGGUUUGAGGUUUCUUCCGAGGACGGAGAUGAAGAGGAAGAACAAGAAGAAGAAGAACAAGGACAAGGACAAGAACAAGACCAAGAAGAUGGAGAUGGAGAUGAAGAUGAUAUGAGUGUGACCAUGAGUGUCGAGGAACAACUUGCCAGCGACGACAAGGAGGACGAACUAUCGGAGGCGCUGCCCGAGUCACAUCUGGCACAACGGUCCGAAGACGGCACACAUCAAAAGCAGCAGCCCACCUUCCAACCGGCACCGCGCUUCAAGGUGUCGGAAGCCGAGACGACGGCGCGGGCGGAGGGCCUCCCGGAAGCUUUCUCGCCGCAGAGACGCGGGACGAGGUACGUCCCGGGGGGGCUGGCGGCGGGGUUGCAGUCGUGGCUGGCGGAGGUCAGGGAGUGGGGUGAUGAUGUGGAUGGAGGGUGGGCUGUCCAUACGAACAUGAACAUGAACAUGAACAUGAACACCAACACAAGCGCAAACACAAAUACAAACACUGCGGUGCGAGUGGCAGUCGACGAGGUGAGGGAUGGGAGACGGAUGUACCUGGUCCAGGGACGUAGAGUGACUACUGGGCCGCGGGACGGAGUGUCGAUGAGACUGAUCCUGGCCGGGGAGGGAAAGCUGACGGGGCUGGCGAGGAGGGCGUCGGUCCGGGUUGGGAGUGUCUUGGUGAUUUCGCAGCCCACCUGGGAGGUGACACUGGAGAAUCAGGGAAGAUGGACCGUUGCGUGUGAUUGGGUUGUCCUUGGGAAGGAUACUGGGUUGUUGACAUGAGCCCGUGAUCUUGAUAAAUUAACUGCCCUUUUUUGUAUUUUUCUUCCUCUUUUUUCUCUUUUUUUCUCUCCCUUUUCCCCCUCUCUUUGUACAAUGACAAGAGU